AUGGUGUCGUCGAUUGUAGACAAGGAUGGUAUUUUCGAGUGUAGGAAAUCCAAGCAAGGUGAGAACGCCGGGUCGGGUGUUUUCUGCUCGCAAGAUGUAAAGGCCGGCACGAUCUUACCAUAUUACGGCAUCACCAUAAGUGACGACGUGGAGGAAGACGAUGACACUUCUAUUAAUAGCAGAGACAAAUAUUGUCGCACGUACGUUAUCUCCGCGGACUACUGCACAAAGUAUGGAACGCGGCGGACUGCCAAGGGUUUGUCGGUGGAUGGCGACCCGCGACUGCCUCGGAUCCAGAAAUUGAGAGAGUACAAGAAGUUGGCGUGCCAAAUCAAUGAGGCCAGCGAAGGAUGUCUGCCGAACUGCUUGUUGACAACCAACCCCCGCAUAUCCAGAGCGGACAUCAAUCGUUCUCUCUUGAAGAAGGUACCAAUCCCGAUCGCGUACGUGGUUGUCCUCGAAGACCUUCCGAACGGCACAGAAUUGCUGACAUUCUACGGGAAAGAGUUUGGUGAUAGGGCAUACUCUUCGUGCAAAAUGAAUCGGCGCACGCAUCGCCAGCUGGCCGACAAAGCUUACGCACACGUCGACGCGUUGCCCAAACAAACCAAUUUUAACACUUAA